UUGCAUUUUUAGGAGGAGGUACCCAACUCUACAAUAUUUUUUAAGGAACCUAGUAUAUGGUUUCAUUUCGAAGUAGUUCCUUAGACCCAUGACCCUAGCGGUUCUGCUCUUCCUGCUGACCCUGCCAAUGGGUAGGAAUGAAGGAGGGGAGUGUACUACUGGACUUGUUGUGGCACCCCAGCAGUGCCACCUGCAGGAGGAGAUCCUUAGGAGCCACCACCCCAUCCCGCUGCAAAGUGUCACCGCCAAGAGGCUGCAACUGCCCUGGUGGUGCGCCCUCCUGGAGAGCCUCUUCCUGCUGCUGCUGGUGAAGCUGCUCCAGUUGUAGAGCCACCAACUUUCCGUAAUUGCCGCUGAUGUAAGCCCACAAUGGAGGCGACAAGUGUCACACAUGCUGCUCGUAAAUCGAAUCGGAAACUGUUUUUUCCCGCUGCUCUUGCCACACAUGAUAAUUUGUGGAGGUCUGGCUUAGGUGCUUCUAAUUAAAUUGUUCAAAAUGUUGCCAGCGCGCUUUUGGGCCUGGCGCUGGAAAAUCGCUGACAAAUGUUUCCGUCAAAACACAGAAAAGUUUUCAUUUUGUUUUGUCAAAGUCCAGGCCACAGGUGGAAGGGCACAGUGGUGUAGGGUCUAUAGAAAUGUCUGUGAAAAAUAUAGCUAAAUAUUUUGAACUAAAAAUUAAA